AGGUUAUUUCGCUGAGGAUCCUGGGUACAUAGCUCAAUAAUAAUGCAGCGAAGAGGACUUUAAACACACAUGCAACAACACAGGGACGAGAGCAAACGGAGAACACACAUUGUUGCUCUGGAUUUUACGGGUAUCUCUGUACACUGUAAAUACGCUUAGUUUAGUUACAUUAUAUUCACAUAAUCGCUUCUACCCCAUUGAUAUGACCGCGUCCUGUUCCGCUUGCUUGGGGAGAGAGAGUACAACAACAGGAAUGAAUUCUAGUUACGCUGUUCUGAUCCAUUCGAGUCGGUUUACCGGGAAAUGGUAACGUUUACACAGCAUUGGAAGGACCAUGGUUGAGGCGAGCAGCAAAUUUCUCCUAAUUGUAGUCGGCUCCGUCUGUUUUAUGCUGAUCUUAUAUCAAUACGUUGCGCCCGGGGUUAUCAAUUUCGGCUCACCACACGGAUAUUUCACUGAGGAGGACGAUGGUGGGGACAUUUUCCCUUCCCCAGACCCGCACUACGUCAAGAAAUACUAUUUCCCAGUCCGGGAUUUGGAGCGAACGGUGGAAUUUGAAAUCAAAGGAGAAGACGUGAUCGUGUUUCUACACAUUCAGAAGACAGGAGGGACAACGUUCGGGAGACACCUGGUUCAGAAUGUGAGGUUGGAGGUUCCGUGUGACUGUAGACCGGGUCAGAAGAAGUGUACCUGUUAUCGACCCAACCGAAAAGAGACCUGGUUAUUCUCCCGGUUCUCCACCGGUUGGAGUUGUGGCUUACACGCGGACUGGACCGAGCUAAAAAAUUGUGUUCCUGGAGUUCUAGAUAAAAAGGAGACCAGGAUGAAAAAUGAAAG